AUGUCCUCCACCUUCUUUCGCACGAACGGCCAUCUGCCUCUUCGUCCUGGGUUUCCUGAUCUUGGUACUGACGUUGCUACUACUACUGCUGCAACGACUGUCGGAAAUGGAUUCGAUCGUCAGGUUCCCUUUUCGAACUUCUGCUCUGGUACUCGUACUCGUAACAUGAUCGACCACUCUCCUUUUCUUCUUCGACAACCACCACCACCACCACCACCACCACCACUCCCCCCGCUCAAUCAUCAUUACCAACAAGUUCUCUACCAAUCUUCCUCGCAGUAUCCUCCAUUACUUCCGUCUCCCUUCUCUACCAUCUCCACCAGCACCAGCACCACUGCCGCCACCACCCCUCAUCCCACCGUCUCCAACAACUCCAACUCCAACUCCAACUCCAACUCCAACCGCAACAAUCCCAACCAGUUCAGCACCACCACUAGCACCACCAUCAAUCCUAGUCCUAGUAACACUACAGCAACAGACAGGCUCGAUCACCUCUUCAUCUCCACCAAAAGUAAAAUCGUUCGUUUGUUCGAUCUCGAACGUUCCCCUGUUCAUUUCGUUCCUGCUCUUCUGGCUGAACGUGGGAUUCCUAAACCGGUUUCUGCUUGGACGACGACGAUCACGAUCGAUGCGACUACGACUACGACUACGACUACGACCGGGAGGAGCGGCGGUGUGACGGCGGCGGGCCCGGGGAAGAAGAAGAAGAAGCAGAAGAAGAAGAUACCAGUGGAGGUUCUCGGACUCCGAGUCCCUGGUGGUUUAGCUUCUUUUCCUACUCCUUCUGCUUCGAGUAAUGGGUCUUUUUCGACUGGCGUCAAUAACAGCGUCGAUAGUUCCUCCUCGUUCGACGAUGACAAUGACGAUGACGAUGACGAUGACGAGGAGGCUAACAAUUUUCCUCCGUCGGCUUCGGCUAGUGAUGCAGGUAGUGCUGCGGUGCUGGUGCUGGUGGUGGUCCUGGUCAUGGUGGUCCUGUUGUGA